CACUGUCCUCGUAUAGAGCCCUCUCCCCUGCCCGGGCUCCCCGGCACUAACUUGUGAUGUGUCAUCCGGUGGAAGAGGAGAGCGUGGCCUCCCUCGGGCGCUUCCCUGCCUGUCAGCCACGUGGCUGCUCCCAGGUCUCUCUGUCUGGGGACAGGUGCUGGUGUCAGGUAGCAGGUGAAGGACGCAGUCUGGAAGCCCCUCCACUGCACAGGCCUAGGGGUGUCAAGCCGGGAGGUGACAGGCUGCCUGUCCUGAAUUGUCGCAUGACGGCGGCCAGGAGGCACUCCCUCUUGGGGUUCAGGUGCCCGCCUUCACACACACACCUCUCUGCGCCACCCAGUCCUUGGGCCACGUGACCCAUUGCUCCCUGGACAAGUAUAUCGAAAACGGCGCCUGCUGACGUCGGGGGGCCCUAGGUGCCUCUAGGCCUGGCUGCUCCAAGCAGCGUGCGGUUCACACUGCCAACCACGGCCUCCGAGUUGGGGUCACUGCCAUACCUGGCCCUUGGUGCGCCUCAGGAUGCUGGACUUGCUGGAUCUGAGGGGAGCCACCCCCACCUCAGGAAACCAAGCAGAGGGGACGCGCUGCCUGUGACUGCCCUGCACACACCAGGGAUUCGCCCCCCAGGCUGGCAGUGUCAUUUGACCUUAGGAAGAUGGAAUUGCCCCUAGAUUUGGCAUAGAGAGCACUGGCGGGAGCGUGCACCUUGCACACCCACGAGAGGCUGCUGGCCUUCAGUCCUGUGUUCGUGUCUGUAAACUCCAGGGGUCAGCACCCAGGGCCCCCCUCUGUUUACAUGGGGCAUUGCUCAUAAAUCCUCACAUCACAGUGUGGGCUUCCCCAGCUUGGGGCCAGGAUCCUGCUAGGCCUCCUGAGCAGAGGGAGAGGGACAGAGGAGUGACCUGGCCCAACAGCGUCUGCAGGGUCGUCCUGGCCAGCCAAGGGUUUGGCCGUCCAGGCCAGACCUGGGCGGGGUGCGGGAAGGCCUGCCCAGCUCAACCCACCUCCUAGGUCAACUUCCCCAUGUGCUCGUUUUCUCUAGGACAGCUCCUCGGUGUUGGGGAACAGCCUGGGAGGACUGGGAUGGGAGUUAAUAUGAGCGGGUAGUUCAAGAGGAAUAGUGGUCAGACUGGCAGACAGGCCUUGGGCCCUGGGCACGGGAAAGGAGCCUGCCCCCACUUCCCAAUUAUGAAGGCUUAUGGGGCACCUGGGUGGCUCAGUCCAACUUCAGCUCAGGCCGUGAUCUCUUUCCAGCCCAGACUUCACCUGGGAUCAAAAAGGGCGAACGACAGACUGCGAGGGUCACGUUCACGUUCUGUUCAACCCAGCACCCGGAAACCGUGGAGUGGUGGCUGUCCACUGCCCGGGGGGGGGGGGGGGGGGGGUGCCUGCCUCAGCAAGGCCAAUUAGAACUGCUACCGGUUGUGCAUUUUGGCAGACACGGCAGCCUCGGUGAUGUCAGUUUAACUUCCACGCCCGGGGAACAGUUGGCAGCUGGCCCCUUCGACGUACUGUGCUAGGCUGCACCCCGCAGAUGCCUCGCUCACUCCUGGGUCUCUGACCUUGGAGAUUUUCCCGUUGGCAAGGAGUGGCAUGUAUUUGACCUUCCCGUCUGCAGGCACCUUUCAGGGACUCUCUGGGCCUCCUGACUCAUCCAGAGGAGAGCUCUUGGCUCUUCUCUGGUGAGCACUUCCAAAGCCCCAGGGAAUGUGGAGAGAGAGGGGCAGCCAGGGUGGUGGGGACGAGAGGUGUCUCGCCCUGGCUUCGCCUCACCCCCAAACCGACUUCUGGUUAGCCAUACCCUCCUCUUCAUGAUCCUUUGCCCCUAUUGUCCAGCCAAACUAAUACACACCCUGAACAACUCGUGGCCAGGAUCGGAGGGAGGGGCACCUCUGUCCAUGUUUAGCUCAAACCCUGGGGUUGGGGUGGGCCCAGAGGGAGGUGACCCGUCCUCGGGCCUGGAACGCCCGGGCUGCGGGAGCCCUGGACUCCUCCAAGAAGUCCAACCGCUCCCCGGAACCCCACAAAACCGCUUUAGGAGUGGACCUCUGCCCAGAGGAGGCGGUACGCUGGCCCCGGCCCCCCCACCCGCUCCCCGGGGUUCCGGCCCCUGCCUGGCUUCACGGCGUACAGGGGAGGCGCGACGCGACUUCGGUCCCGGCCGACCAGCCCCGAGGCACCGCACCGGCGUGGGAGGUGCCCCGGCGUUCCCCGCUUCGAGGGCGCCUGGGGCCGCGCGGCGCACGGGCGGGAUUCCCUGGGCUUCCCCGCGUUUGGCUUUACACACGCGGGCCCUUUGCCAAACCGCUGUGCCCACUAGUUUCCUCGCAGGGGCGGGGCCUCCCAGCCUGCCACCCAAACUGGGACCCGGCACCCGGCGCGGAGCCGCCCCCGCCCCCGGGCCCCGCCCCCGCCCCCGCCCCCGCCCGGACCGCUUUACGGCGGAGGUCGCGCCGCCACGUGGGCGGCCGUAAAGCGCCCCGCCCCCCGAGCUUCCGCCGGCACCAUGGCCGGCUUCGCGCCGCGGGUCCAGUACUUGGCGGGCUUCCGCUGCCCGCUCGGGGGCCUGGCGGCGGGCAAGCCCCGCGUGCUGUGCCGCGGCGCCGAGAUCUUCGUGUCCACCGGGAGCGAGCUCGUCCACGUCUACGACCAGGAGGGGAAUCUGCUGACCGCCGUCUUCAGGUUUCCUGGUCGGGUGUGGCACCUGGAGCUCUCGGCCCUCCGCGGGGUGCUCUACGUGUUGUGCGCCCAGAAAGGCGUCUACUGCGUGUCGUUGGACCAGGCGAGCAGGUCUGUGAGCCAAGAUGACGGGGAUGACAGUGACAAGAAUGAUGAGGACAGUGAGGACGGUGAGCCCCCUUGCCCCGUGAUCCCCGUGGACCCAGAUGCCUGCAUCCUCCCUGAUGCCACACUGUGUGCUUUCGUCGUGCUCGAUGAUAUACUGGUCACCCUGGCACAGGGCCCUGCCCAGUGGAAGGUACAGCUGUUCCGGUGUCACCGUCCAGGGGAGGACACCAGGCCCCCAGGCCAGAUCGGCGAGGUGGAGUUGUCCACUUCCAGCCCUCUGGCUGGGAGCCUUGGGGAGCCCACAGCCCCCCACUUCCUCCCAGUGCUGUGCUGUGUGUCACCACCGGGCUGCAGCGGGCUGUGUGGCCGUAUGCCGGGCUCUGGGGGCUUCACGCUGGAACGGGCCCUCUUUGGGCUGCUCUUUGGAGUUGACGCCUCCCUCUUGGAAUCACCUGUGAUCCUCUGUGGUCUCCCUGAUGGCCAGCUCUGCUGUGUGGUCUUGAAGACUCUGGUCACCUCCAGGUUGGCCCCUGGUGACCCAAAGGCCCUUGUCAAGAUUCUCCAUCACCUGGAGGAACCCGUUGUUUCCAUCGGAGCGUUGAGGACAGAGUCCUCGGGCGAGAACGUGGAGGACACACACCCAGACUGCCUAGUGGCGCUGGGUCGCCACGGCCGGGUGCUGGCCGUCAAGGCCAGCUGGGACGAGGCGGGGGAUCUGGUGCCGGAGCUGCAGGAGUACCGGCUCCCAGGGCCUGUGCUGUGUGCAGCCUGUGGCGGAGGCAGCCGUGUGUACCACAGCACCCCCUCGGACCUCUGUGUCGUGGACCUGGCUCGGGGAGGUGCCCCCCAGGACCCCGUGCAGCCUGACAGGGGCCCGGGAAGCCUGCCCUCUCUGCUGUGUCCAGCCAGCUUAAACGUGUGCAGCGUCGUCACGCUCUCCGUGUUGUCCGAGGUGCCUGAAGGUGGCACCAGGCUCCUGGCCCUGUCUGCCAGGGGCCGCCUGAUGACCUGUAGCCUGGACCUGAGCUCCGAGGCGCCCUGCCCCACCAGAGCGACAGUGGUGAACACUGGCCAGAAAAUUAAGGAGCUGCUCUCUGGAAUCGGCACCGUCUCUGAGAGGGUGUCUUCUCUGAAGAAGGCAGUUGACCAGCGCAACCGGGCCCUCGUGUGCCUCAACGAAGCCAUGAACGUGAGCUGCGUCCUGCUGGCGAGCCGCGAGGGCCCCAGGCCCAUCUCGUGUACCACCGCCACCGCCUGGAGCCGCGCGCAGCUGCAGGACGUGCUGACGGCCACCUGCCGGCUGCAGAACGACAGCGGCUUCAGUCUGGACCGGGGCUGGACUUGGUGUGUGCAGGUGCGUACCCGCUCCCGCGCCUCAGGCCCAGACUCGGCCGGCUCGGCCGCCACCUACACCAUCCCCGUGGACCGGCUGGGCCCCGGCGACCGGCGGGAGGUGACGCUGCCCCUGGGUCCCGGUGAGGACGGCGCUCUGGACCUGCCUGUGACGGUGUCCUGUGCGCUCCACUACAGCCUCAGGGAGGUUGUGGGCGGGGCCCUCGCCCCCCCAGACUCUUCCGAGGACCCCUCCUUGGGAGGGUGCCCCCCCGACAUGUUGCCCGAGCAAGACGGCGUCUGCCUGCCCCUGAGCGAGCACACCGUGGACAUGCUGCAGUGCCUGCGCUUUCCUGGCCUGGCCGCGCCCCCCACGCAGGCCCCCAGCCCGCGCAGCCCCGCCGGCGACCCUGUGGACACCUUCUUGGGAGUGCGCCUCGGGCCGGGCAGCGAGCCGGCCGGACCCGCUUCCCUGCGGGCCAAGUUCCCGCCCCCGUCGGUGGCCACCAUCAAGGUGUCAGCGGGGCUUCUGAGGGCCGCCCUGGGGGACGGUCAGCCAGGCGUGUCCCUGGGCUGUAUCACCCUGCAGUGGCUGCUUGCCGAGAACAGCGCCCUGGACGUCGUGAGGGCCCGACUGCUGUCCUCCAUCCGGGGAGUGGCCCCCGACGGCACUGACCUCCACCUUGUCAUCCGAGAGGUGACGGUGACCCACCUGUGCGCGGCAGGGCCCAUGCAGGCCGUGGAGAUCCAAGUGGAGAGCUCCUCUCUGGCCAAUCUGUGCCAGGCACACCAUGCUGUCAUUGGGCGUCUGCAGGUGAGCUGUGGGCAGCUGAGGGGUGAGUAGGGCAGCUUUGCUGAUGGCACUUCAGUAACGCACCGCCAUCUGGUGUGCCGGCGGCCCCCCAGCGCGUCCGCGAACCCACGUGGGCACUGCGUCAAAAGAGGACGGUCCGUGUGCUACCUGUCACGCUCACGUGCAGGCCUCCCAACUUGCCUGGCUGUGCCGAGAGGCCGUGCCCUGGCGAGAUGCCCCGAACGUGGGUCCUGGGACAAGGUGCCUACACUCUGAGCCUCCACAUCUCUGCCAAGAAAGCAGGAGUGACGGCCAACCUCUCACACGCCUUUGGGGCCCGUUUUGCCACCUGGCAUGGGAUGAGCUGUCACAUUGCUGUCCUCGGGUUCCAAAUGAAACCUGCCACCUGGUGCCCUUGGCGGGACAGAGCUCUGGCUCCGAGGUUGGCCGGCCUAUCUCCUCCCACCUGUUCUGAACGAGGCCUUGACAGUCAUAGAGGGGUCUGCGGUGGUAACCGUCGGCCGAUGGUGACAGCUCUGCGGUAUGGCUCUGGAACCAGCCUCCCCCUGGAACUUACCAGAGCACGUUCCCAGGCCCCAUCCCAGACCUGGGAAUCGGAGAACCCACGGUCUUGGCGUUUAGGCUUUGACGAGGACCUGAGUGGUGGUGGUCUAGACUCUCAGUGCACCCUGGGGAGCCAGGAGCCU